UGCAUUAUUGCCUAAACAAUUCUCAAGUGAUCAGGAAGCAACGUGGAAGUAAUUUAGAGAAGUUAAACAGCUGAUUAGCAGAAAUAAUUGCUCCCUUUUAUAUUAUAUAUUGAAAGUAGAGCCGUAACUGAAACUCACCAAGCAAUUUCAAAACCUUAAUUGCUCCUUAAGUUUUCCUAAGUAACCUAUUCCCUUGGUUGCUCAAUUAGCUCCCAUGCAUGAACCCAUUGGCGUUAAAUUUCAUACCAAAGCUGUUUUUGGUCAUGGUUCUUCUAGCCAUGACUACAUUUCCAGCGAUCCGAGCCACUUACGAGUUCAAAGAAACCCGCCUGUCUUUCUACUUUCAUGACAUCUUAUCUGAUGCAGUCAGGUGGCAACAGGAUUUAAUGUAUUUGUAUAUUAAAGUGUGUUGCAUGCAUGGAUAUAUUAUUGCUUAAACAAUUCUCAAGUGAUCAGGACGCAACACGGAAGUAAUUUAGGGAAGUUAAACAGCUGACUAGCAGAAAUAAUUGCUCCUUUUUCAUGUACAAAUUGAAAACCUUAAUUGUUCCCCAAUUUUUCCUAAUUAACCUUUUCUCUUGGUUGCUCAAUUAGCUGUCAUGCAUCCACUAAUGGCGUUAAAAUUCAUACCAAAGCUCAGUGCUCCAUCCAUGUUUUUCGUCAUGGUUGUUCUAGCCAUGACUACAUUUCCAGCGAUCCAAGCCACUCACGAGUUCAAGGAAACCCACCUGUCUUUCUACUCUCAUGACUUCUUAUCUGGUGCAAAUAUCACAGAUGUUGCGUUUGCAGGUAUUCCCGGCAAGAUUUGGAACUACGAUCAAUUUGCCACUGUUUAUGCGGAGGAUGCCCCUUUAACGGAGGGCAUAGAUCUAAAGUCCGCCUCCGUUGGCCGGUUACAAGGCAUGUUUAUGGUAUCAUCAUUGGAUGGACGUAAUGCCUAUGAUAUGUUAUCAAUUGUGUUCACAAACAAAAAGUACAAUGGAAGCACUCUACAGAUUCAAGGAAUUGAUAAGCAAUUCGAGCAAUAUAGAGAAUUAUCAGUGGUUUCAGCAUAUAUAUAGUUGUCUUCAGGAUGGCCUGGAAUGAUUUAUUCAAGCUGAAGUUCAGCUCGAUUCGUUUUUGGAUCGGGCUCGAGGUCAUGGUUGGUUGGCUGAUAAUUCGACUGUGACCUCCAACUUAAGUUUGGCUCGAGUUAAUGAGAAUAGAAGUUUUGUAAACAGAGAAAUUAAUUUCAAUUAUUCAAUACAUUCGCACAUUACUAGUUCA